AUGGAUCCACACCUGCAGCUUAUGGUAGGCCCUCUUCUACGCUACGAUACUGUCGACGAAAGUGGUAUUUGGCACGGUGCCGCGCUUAUUGUCACUGCUGAUUCAGGCUCCAAUUAUGGUCCACAUCCAACGCUUACGUACCAGUGGGACCCAGACGGGCCCGCUCUGCACCGCAAAAGGCACGUUGGCUCCUUUGAACUGGGACCUCACCCUGCCGAUCCUCACAUGACAGCCAUUUCUUCCAUAUAUGUUCAUGCCGGUGGUGGCGGGACCUUCACUUUCUGGCGUUUCCUCAUCCAAAUCCCUCUGGGGCCUAAUGAAAUGUGCAUACAAUAUGCUAUCAACCAAGGUAUACAGCUUGAAUUUGUUGUCCCGGCGCGCAACCAGAAUAUGCGAUGGGCCGCACAUUCGUGCAACGGCUUCAGUUCCGGUGUAAACCCUGAUGACUUCCGUGGUCCUGGCUUUAGGAGUGGGUAUGAUCCUGUUUGGAGUGAUCUUCUACAAAAGCACAAUGAAGAACCCUUUCAUGUCCUUGUUGGUGGUGGUGACCAGCUGUACUGUGAUUCACUGACACGGGAGCCUGAACUGCAAGAGUGGGUCACGCAAACAACACCCGAAGCAAAGAAGGAUUAUCCUCUCACCCAAGACAUCGCAGCGUGCAUUGAUCGGUUCUAUUUCAAUCACUACUGCAGUUCUUUUAGGAGUGGGGCGUUUGCAAGAGCAAAUAGUUCAAUACCCAUGUUGAAUAUGUGUGGUAUGAUCGAUGGCUUUGGCAGCUAUCCUGAUGAUGUUCAGCUAGCUCCAGUUUUCAAAGCUAUCGGUUCUAGAGGCUACUUCUUUUUCCUUUUGUUCCAGUGCUUCAUUAACCCACAAGUCGAUGGUCUGAGUGGCCACCCCGGAGAACACCCGUUCAAAUCACUUAUUAUUGGCGCACCGGGGCCAUUUGUUUCAUCCCCAUCACACUCCGUCCUCUCAUAUCUUGGCCCAAAUGUGUAUAUGCUACUAUUAGAUUGCCGGGCCGAAAGAAAGAAAGACCAGGUAUGCAGCCCCUACGAGUACAGGAAGGUGUUUGAACAAGUCGGCCGACUUCCCGCACACAUUGAGCAUCUCGUAGUACAAAUUGGUAUACCGAUCGCUUAUCCGCGUCUCGUGUUUCUUGAGAGUGCCCUUGGCUGGAAGUUCAACCCUCUCGUCGCGCUUGGACGGUCCGGCAUGAUGGGUUUGGGUGGGUUUGUAAACAAAUUUAAUGCAGAAGCAGAGCUAUUAGAUGACCUGGCAAGUAAUGAUCAUUGGACGGCAAAGGGGCACAAAAAAGAACGUAACUGGUUCAUUCAACAACUACAAGGUCUGGCGAGGGUGAGGCGCAUUCGGGUGACUUUCCUAUCAGGGGAUGUUCACUGCGCCGCAGUUGGUGUUCUCAAAACCCUGGCACGCGGUAAUGGGAAGGCCGGAAAAGCAGAGAUUCCUCCCGCCACCGAUUUCAGAUACAUGCUCAAUGUGGUGACCAGUGCAAUUGUGAAUACACCACCCCCUAAUGGAGUCAUUACUAUGGUAUCCACGCUUGCAACCAAGGUACAUAAGACCCUGCACCACGCUGAUACGGAUGAGAGCAUGAUACCUCUAUUUGAAAUGGAACCGGAUGGUUCUUCACGAAAACAGAAGUUCGUCAUGGGUCGACGAAAUUGGUGCAGUGUACACUGGGACAAUCGAACAGGAGACUUGGUAUUCGACAUCCGCGUCGAGAAGCAGAAGGGAUACGGAGUCACCGUCGGGUACGUCCAGGUAGCCUCGCGCGUGCGCCUUUUGCUUGGAAUUUACAUCAUGCUACCCAGAUAUGCCGUCCGUGCUCCGCCGCCUCAGUGGAUUGCAGGAUCGUCAUAA